CCGGCGUUCUCAGCAACGAUCCGGCCAGGAACCCAGAUUUUUACAACUGGAAUCGCGUGAAGCUGCGGUACUGCGACGGCGGAUCCUUCGCGGGCGAUUCAGAGUUCAGAAAUGGCGUACUCUUCAGUCAUCUACAUGAGAGGUCAAAGGAUAUGGGAUGCUAUCAUCUCCGAUCUCCUCACCAAAGGCCUCGCCAAAGCCGAAAAGGUGCUGCUCUCAGGCUGCUCAGCAGGAGGCCUAGCUACAUUCUUCCACUGCGACAACCUCGGGGAGCUUCUCGGGGGCGUCGCCACGGUGAAAUGCAUGAGCGACGCGGGGUUUUUCCUUGAUGUGGAUGACAUUUCCGGCAACAACAGCAUUAGACCUUUCUUUAGCAGCCUAGUUGCUCUGCAGGGAGCUGAGAAGAAUUUGAACAAAGACUGUCUAAAUUCAACACUCAAUCCUUAUCUGUGUUUUUUCCCGCAAUAUGCACUUCAAAACAUUAAAACCCCAUAUUUCAUCUUGAAUUCAGCGUACGAUGUAUAUCAGUUCCAUCACAUCUUUGUGCCUCCUUCGUCUGAUCCUACGGGUCACUGGAGUCGCUGUAAGGCGGACCCCAGCACAUGCAGCACAUCACAAAUUGCAACUCUACAAGGCCUAAGAAGUGCAAUGUUAACAGCUCUGAAACCGUUUGAAGGUGAGCCGGAGAUGGGCAUGUUCAUCAAUUCUUGCUUUGCACAUUGCCAGAGCGAGCUGCAGGACACAUGGUUUGCGCCGAAUUCCCCAACACUGGACAAUGAGACAAUUGCAGAGCUAGUCGGUGAUUGGUACUUUGAAAGGGGUGCCGCCCAAGAAAUCGACUGCGCCUAUCCCUGCGACUCAACUUGUCACAACAUUAUACCAUUGAAUCAGGUCGGCAACUAGUGGAUACAAUGUGUUAUGUAGGUUGGUUCAUAGUGUUCUUCAGCUCAAUACAAGAGAUAUUGGCAAAAAUUUACUGUGUAUUGCUAAGUUCAUCAUAUAUACUACAAAUAUAUAGAAGAAAUAGCUUGGAUGCCCAGCAUGGAGGUAGCAUGUUUCGGGUUCGAAUCCAUCAUUUCCAUGUCUGUACAUUUGCUUUCUUUGGUCCAUUUUCUUUGACAAUCAUUCUUUGAUUUUGGGACUGUCUAUUUUGGGACUGAAUUUCAAUUGGUAUUCAUCUUU